GCAUUGUUCUGUAUGAUAAUUGGAAUUUACGUAACCUUCCACUUGUUCAGCGUUAGAAUCUACCGCUCUUACAUACGAUGCGGGAGCCAAGUAUAACAAUACUAUUGAUCCUCGGCUCAGUACUGGCCUUUGCUGAUGCUGGCAUUUUUGACUGGUCAAUGGGCUGGUCUAGAUGGCCCUCUACUUCUUCUAAAGACAAAGAAAAUCCCCUUGGAAGUGGCGUUUUAAGCAGGAUUGGCAAGGGGAAACCGAGAAGCAACGAAAAUGAAGAUAUUAGAUUUCUGAACUUCCACAACGGCAUAUACGACUAUGAUCAAUACGUGGAAAUCAACAACAACAAGUGCAUUGAAACAGUCAAACUACUAUGGAAGCCGAUAAAUUUGUUAAAGGAAUUUAAAAGGGAAUGCAAAAGAGGAAUGGAAAUAUACAAUUUUCACUACGAAACUCUUCUGAUGAUCGGUAGUCCUACUUCGGACCUGUGCAUCUUCAGCAUCAUACCAGACGUAUUCUAUUACAAAGAUCAUAAUAAGUGGAGAAAGGUGACAUUGCAUUUAAAGCCAGAUGAAGGGUCUUUCACGUCGGUUGAAUCUGAUAUGGACGAUGCCGAAAUCAGAGAGAUGAAAGAGAAAAUAAACAAGUUGAAACCUAUUUGCGACCCUUACAAUAAGGAAAUUGACAAAAUGUCACGAGAGAAUAUAAGAGACAAUAAUAGAGUACGAGAUCUCAUCAAUUCAUUAUCUCGGGAGUCAAAUAAAGAAUUCUUGAAGACAUUUAUUGCAAUUGGGGAUCAGUAUGACGGGAUGCUGGACUCGAUAAUAUUUGUGGCUAUGGGGAUUCAUGUGAACCAGAAAGUACAUGACGACUUCAACAAUGAGAUGGAAAAUGCAAGAAGCCAUUUAAAUCAAGCAAUACAAAGCUCAAAUGACCAAAAUAUUCGGAAUCUGAAAACCACGAUAGAGGAACAUCUACGAAAGAAGCAAGAACUAUUUCGGAAAGGACGCGAUUUGAACGUGGAGUUCCGACGGCAAUAUGAGGCAACCGGUAUUCCUCCAAAGACUGAUGACAAAUGAAAGCAAACUGUUCUCGUCUACACAUAAUACGCAUAAAUGCUUAUGUGACAAUA